AUGGUGAUGGAUGACGAAUGGAAGAAUUAUAAAGGAGAUAAAGUAAUUGAAGCUAAAGCGUGCGAAAUAAAAUCUCUUGUGAUGGAUGAUGAAUGGUGGAAUACUAUUGAAUACUUGUUGAGGUGUACGGAGCCAAUAGUAUCCAUGCUUAGAAGUGCCGACCUUGAUUGUCCAAAAUUGCACCCUAUUUACGACAUGUGGGAUACAAUGAUUGAAAAGGUGAAGGUGAUUGUAUUUGAGCAUGAGGGGAAAGAUCUUAUUACCGGCCAAUCGAAUGUUUUUGCUACAAUUCAAGGAAUUCUUAUGGCAAGGUGGAAUAAGAGUGAAAGCAACGGGUUAAGAAGACUUGCUCCUAAUGAAGAUAUAGAGAUUUCACAAAAUAGACUCAAAUGCUUUCAAAGAUAUUUCAAGGAUCCGAAUGAUUUAAAGAAAGCUUCUUUGGAGUAUGGGACAUUUUGUUGUGGGAAUGGUUACUUUGGUGAGCCUCAUGUAAUUGAUGCUAUGGGGUAUGAGGAGCCUUUAUCUUGGUGGGCUAACCAUGGUAUAAAUGCUCCACUUUUACAAAGUCUGGCUUACAAAUUGCUUUCCUAG